AUGGAGGAUACUUUCGUCAAUAUCGACCGGGAUCAGCUGGUAACAUUCAAGGAAGAUCUGAAUGCGGUCUUUCGGGACAUAGAAUUUACGAUGGAGGAGGAAGAAAACAACCAGCUGGCCUUCCUGGAUGUCCUCGUACGUCGCAAAGAUUGUGGUGGACUAAAAAGCAAAGUGUUCAGGAAAGUGACAAAUACGAUGCAAGUACUGAACUUCAACAGCAACCACCCAAUUAGCCACAAACGCACUUGUGUAAGGACGCUGUAUCGGCCUCCAAAACGCUGUAGAAAGGUGUGCACAAACAAAUGAACUUUUGGUGAUUGACAGCAUUAGGAGAGCAAUCGAAAUGCCCAAUGUGAUAAUACUAUUUUCAAGAAAAAGUUCAACUCCAAACAUAUUAACGCAGCGCAUGCCAUAAGACAAUAAGGCUACCUAUGAGAAAUAUGUGCGUAGACGGCUUUGUUUUCCAGUGCACAAGCUGUAGCCGACGGAAAUCAGUGCGAACCGGACCCCUGUUUGAAGGCAAUCGCCUAAACAUACCAAAGAUGAUGAAAAUAAUGCUGGUUUUUGUGAUAGGAGACAGACUAAAGAAGUGGAGGUUGCACGCAUCACAGCUCUCAGGUGGUAUCGCGCAUGUCAGGAUGUUUACUCAGGCGCCUUUUUGAAGGUAACCAUGCAGCUUGUCGGACCCGAAAUUGAAGUCCAGAUGGAUAAGACGAUGGUGAGCAGGAAGAAGCCUAAUAUCGGCCGUUCUGGGUUGUGAGCAUGCACGAUAUCCACCAGAGGAAGGCUGUCUUUGAGCAACUCGCUAAGAGUGCAACAGGCCAGACGCAAACAGCUGUUUCACGAUCGUUACCGAUCAUCAGUACGUCAUAGACCUUAUGAAGUGAGGAAUAUAAGUAUUUCAAGUAGUCGUUUGACACUCACUGACGUGGUUAGGCGGGCGGACAAAAUGGGAUCGGGUGAGAUCCGGACCACAACAGUGAGUGUCAAAGGCCUACUUGCCAUGUCUUUGAGCCAGCCAGUAACAGGAGUUGGGUCUCCCUGGAAACUGUCGUAAAGAUAUGUGUUACCCGGGGAGCUUAACUGUUACUGCGGAAUGGAAGGCAUACAGUUACCUGCCUGUGAAAGCAUACCAACCUCUCAACCACUCCCGCCAGGCAAACGCCAUCGAAGUAUAAUGGAUCCGGCUGAAGAGGAAACUGCUCGAAAGUGGGCCGGUCUCUGGAGAUCUCUGGGAGCCCAUCUCGACGAAGCCCUAUAUAGAAUAUAAUUCGGAAUUGACCGAAGUGUUCCUGAUGUCGCCUGGAAUACGCUUCUAGCACAUCAUGCUCAAACGUAUCUGGUUAAGCAAAACUCCCCGUGCUAAAGUAUCGACCAACGUGUAAUAAAGGUAGCUCUAGAAAGCGCCCUUUAAUAGAUUGUUUAAAUGUUUUUUUACUGUCUGGGAAUGUCUGUUUUCCAAAUUUGUGCGGAGGCAAUCGUUGAGUUGGUUGAAUUGUUGGACUGUUCGUAUACGUUAGGCUGCGAAGGUGCCUUAAGAGGUGAAGUGUAGUCGGAAGUCUGAAACUUCAGGUGGGACCAUUGUUUGGGAUAAGAUUACUCGGGACUUGAAGAUUCUGCAUGACAAAGGCGGUGACUUGAAGUGAUAUCAAAAGUAGGAGACUGGUCACAGUUGCUGCCCAUUCACCCACUUGCAUAAGGUAAUUCAGACAAGAACCAGCAGGGCAGCGGAUUUAAUUGAAAUCCAACAAAGAAUUCGGCAGACUGCUGCCAUAUCCACCAGCAGUUAAGGAAUAAGCCUUAGCUCAGAUAACAAUUAGCCAACAUACAUUGUGCGCGCAAAAACUUGCCUGGACUUUUUGAUCUUUUCACGCCUCUCUCUUCCUUUCAGAAGCUAGUGUCCCCACCCAGUGUUCAGUGCGACUGCGGCAUUGACGAAAUAGCAGAGGCCUACGCCAACGGGUGA